UCCCCGGAAGCGGGCGGCGCGGCGGUGAUUGCGUCACGAGGGGGGAGGCGGCCGGAGGGGCCUGGGGCGGCAUGGAGAGUGCGGGGCAGGAUAUCAACCUUCACUCUCCCACCAAAGGUUUGCUCUCGGAUGCCAUGACAGAUGUCCCCGUGGAGAGCGCGGCCUCGGCGCGGAGCAGAGCGGCCGAGGGGCUGAGCCUGGCAGAGGAGGAGGAGCUGAGAUCCGAGCUGGCCAAGGUUGAAGAAGAGAUUGGGACCCUGAGGCAAGUGCUGGCUGCCAAGGAGAGGCACUGUGGGGAGCUGAAGAGGAAGCUGGGUCUGACUCCCUUGGAUGGGUUGAAGCAAAACCUGUCCAGAAGCUGGCACGAUGUCCAAGUCUCCAAUGCUUAUGUGAAAACAUCUGAGAAACUUGGAGAAUGGAAUGACAAAGUGACACAGUCUGACUUAUAUCUUUCAGCCAGCAGCACUCUGGAGGACUGGAAUGAAAAGUUAACUCAAUCAGAAGCUUACAAGAAGACCCAGGAAACCCUUUCCCAGGCAGGACAGAAGACUUCAGCAGCCCUUUCCAAUGUAGGUUCUGUUAUCAGCAGGAAACUUGGUGACAUGAGGGAAUUCCCAAUUCCACUGUGGCUGGCAGUAUCCAAGUGGGCUCACCCCUUCUCCAACUCCUUUAGUAGCAGCUACUCCAUUCGCCACUCCAUCAGUAUGCCAGCCAUGAGGAAUUCUGCAACUUUCAAGUCCUUUGAAGACAGAGUUGGGACCAUAAAGUCCAGAGUGGUGGGCAGCAGGGAAAACAGCACUGACUGCCUCCACUCCCCCUCGGGAGCUGGGGGCAAACCUCCAGAGGACAAUGCUCCUUUCUAGAGCCUCCACCUGGCACAGCUGCAAGAUUGAGCCCCCUCCUUCCCUCCCUCCUUCCCUCCUUCCCAAUCUUCACAACCUGCAAGCAACAACAUCUGAAUCCAAGAAGGGGCUGAGAGCCAGUCCAGGAGAGAUCCAUCCUUCUUCAUUCAUAGACACUGCUGCUGGAUCUAAGUCAAAUAAAAGAGAAUGCAAAGUUUUGUACACAAAUAAUAUUUUACACUAAAGUUUGUAGAUUUAAAUGUAUCACUGCUGUCCUUUUGGGAGAGCGUGGAAGAUGGAGUUUCCUUUCAAGUAGCUCAGAAAUGCCACUGGUAGAGAUAAAAAACAGUUUUCCCUUGUCUGACACAGCUUAGAACUGAUAGAUCAGGCUGAGCAGUGGGAGGGCAGUUGUUGGAGAAGCCAGUGGGCAUCUUAGCUGCAGCUUCAGGCUGUGCUCUCUGUUCAGGACAUGCCAUGCAGCUCCUCACUGAGCUCCCAGGCUUCUCCCAUUCCUGUUUCUCCAGCUCUCAUUGCAGUAGUCUGGUAAAUGGGGUAAACAGUUGUAUUUUGGGUUUUUUUUUGUUUCUUCUGGGCUCCCAAAAGGGAAACUUCACUUAGCAGCUGCCUCGUUGUUACACUAAUGCUCUAGCUUUAACAAAACUAAAAAUCUUUAUUUUUAAAUGCAAUGAACUUUAAAGAAAUAAAGCAUAAAAAAAAAAAAAAAAAAAAAAAAAAAAAGCAGCUUUGGCAUCAUGUUAGGGAACUGCUCCCUUGGACUCUGAAACAGAACUGUGCAAGCCUUACAUCACCUUCUGCUUUACUGGUUUAUGAUUUUUCUGUUCUCUAGAGAGGACUGUGAGGGUUGUCAGGCUGGAUGGUGGGUGCUGGAUGGAGCUUUGCCUCAUGCAGUAGCAGCAGCAUGCUUAACAAGCCCAGGCCUUGUGUUCAGUUCAGCAGCACACUCCUCUUCCCUGAGUGUAUGAAACUUGCUUCUCCCUUCUCAGCUGAUGCCUUCGUUCUUGGAGGAAGAAUUUCUGAAGGCUGUUACCAGCAGGGCCAGGUGAAAACACCCAGAGUGUCUGUAGCAAUCUGGAUGUGAUGCUGGGGGGGACUCUGCUCUCUGCAGGCUCCUCCUCUGGGUACAUCUGACUCGGCCUGGAUGGGUUUUUCAGGUGGAAGCCCCAGCUCUAAUCUUGGUUUGCAAAACUGGCAAGAGAGUCACAGAGCUCAAGCCCUUCCCCGUGGAUAUUUUGCUCUUUCUGAUGCCCAACUUCAUCAUCAGGAGCUGAGAAUUUCUGAGUGUUCUUCUGGAGGCCUGAUCUUUGGUGCCUCCACGUAGAGAUACCUGGAGUGAGCAAUUCUGUGCCUUGGAGGCAGAGUGGGACUUACUCAGACCUUUAGACCUGUUCAUGUACAUAUCUGGGUAGUUGUAGUGGUUUAGCACCCUGGAGGGAUUGAAUUGCCUCUGACCUUUCUGUAGAGAAGCAAGUUUUGGCACUUAACCUGCUGAUUAAUCCCCUUUUGCCCCAGUCCUGCUCCCCUCCUGCAGUCCUGGGGACACGGAGGAGCUGUUGUAAGGCAGAUGUACCAGGCUGGAGGAGUGAAGUCUCAUUCCCUGGAGCUCUUUGUUUGAGCCCAACCUCCCUGCCAGGAGCAGAGCCAGCCAAGUGGGGACUGCUGGAGCUUGGGUGUUGAACUGUUUAAACAGAUCAAUAGUGAGGAAACCUGUCAAUAAAGCAUUCUUUUGGGAGAAAAA